AUGUUUUUUCCAGCCAAUUUGCCCUACAUUGUUCUUCUUCGGACAUUGCAUGAAAAAGAAUCAGACUUGACUGAAAAAUGGUUUAAACUAUCGCGUUUUCGAUUUUUUAUACUAAUCACCGUUUUUCAAAUGAUUUAUUACUGGUUACCGGGAUACAUCAUGCCUAUAUUAACGGCGUUUUCCUGGAUGUGCAUGAUUAAUCCAGAAAAUAUAUUACUUUCACAGCUAACCGGCUAUAGUGGAUUUAGUUUUGGUGCAUUGCAGUUUGACUGGUGGACACUAACAAGCCCAUGGUUAUCUCCUAUUGUAGUACCACGAUGGGCGCAGAUAAACAUUUUUACAGGUUUUGUUUUAUUCGCAUGGAUUAUUAUGCCAAGUCUUUACUACUCUAAUGUGUUUAAAUUUAAAAUAUUUCCAAUUUUUGAUUCGGAAUUUUUUACUUUGAACUCGAUGAGCGAUCAAAUUACACUCAUUGACGCAUCUGAUUUAUCUGGUUUGUCCAGUGUAACAAAUAUAGUUGGCACGUAUCUGCUGUUUGCGUCAUAUGCAGCACUAUUCAUACAUACAUUACUUUACCACGGUAACGAUAUUCGAAAACACUUUAAAAUGUCAUUACGUCAAAGACCAAAUGAUGUUCACUGCAGAUUAAUGUCAAAGUAUGCACACUUUCCAGAUUGGUGGUAUACAAUAUUGUUUAUUUGUACAUUCGUUGUAGCUGUAGUCACCUGUCACAGAGGCAACUUUAUGCCUUGGUAUUAUCUUAUUUUAGCUCUAUGUAUAUCAUUUAUUUGUUUAUUGCCCGUUGGAAUUGUGUUUGCACGAACCAGUUUGAUAUUGCAAAAUUCCGUUAUUGUUAACAUUAUUGGUGGUAUGUUAUUUCAUGCGUAUCCACUUGAUAAUAUCACAUUUUCAAUAUUUUCUUCUGGUACACUUCAGCAAGCAUUAAUUCUAUUAUUUAAUUUUAAAUUCUGUCAUUAUAUGAAAAUAUCACCAUUAGCCACAUUUACCACACAACUCGGUAUAGCAAUUCUUGCUGUUAUUAUUAAGCAAUCUAUGUCAUACCAUUUACUGAAUACUGUUGAUGGAAUAUGUAUCUCUAAUCCUGAUUGGGCAUGUCCAAAUUUAAUAGUUGAACCCGCCUUUUUCGCAGCAAGAGGUAAAAAAAUUUCACUUUCUACUUUUUUAGAUAGUGGCGCGUUCUUUAGACUUAGACAUUUAUUUGACCAAAAAAAAGUACCAAUACAAUAAACUAAAAUCAAAAGACGGUGUUGCAGUGGACCGAAAAAGCGCAUACUACUCUUAUUAGACUGUGACCCUUCUAAUUUCGACAAAGAAAACAAACAAAAAAGGACGAGAGAAAGAUAAAGUAUUAAAGCUCUAAGAAGUCCUUCAGCCUGUGCUUGAACAUACUUAAGAGGGAACCUCCCGAUGUAAUAAAUUGCUUUUUGAUCGACAUCUAGUGGGUUAUAAGUUAUCGACCAUGCUGAUUCCGAAUAUGACCAUGGGGCUUCCCCGUAGCUCUUCGAAGAUCCAGUCUUCUGGAAAACCAGUUUUUCAGAAACCCCAAAAAAUAACCCAACCCUUUCUUAAUAAUUCAGGAUUGUAGCGCGCAAAUUUCUGAUUAAAAUGAAACAUUCCCCAGCUCUACACGACCUUUCUUUGCAAAGUUAUAGAAUUUAUAAGAAGAGCCCUAAAUUGUUCAUUGUCAGCUCUAACGAGGGAACCUCUUUAGGUUAUAAAUCGCUUUUGAACUCGUACUACUUGUAUCUUGUAGACCUCAGUGAGUAGUGAAAUACCCUAAGUUGAUUCGUCCCCGUGGUGCUUUGUUGCUAAGACAUUGAAGCUUUACUCAGCUUUUGUCUACACAGCUUGGAUUUCGAACAAAAUCCGACCUCUGAAUUUUGAAUUUUGACUUCAAACUUGUCAUACUGGAAGCCCAUGGUCAUAGUAGUACGACGGGAAAAUAUGCGGUUCUAAUGAAUUUUCCUGCCUUGAGAUAUUAAGACUCGAACAUUUCACCUGAUCCGAGUCUUAAUAUCUCAAGACAGGAAAAUUCAUUAGAGCCGCAUAUUUUCCCGUCGUACUUCGAGGCCCAUGGGCUUCCAGU